AUGUUGAACACAUCUUCAGGUUAAAGAAUUAGAUAUGUUAAGGAAGCAUCUGGAGCAAAGUCAACUACAUAAAGUUUUAAAUAUAAAUCUAAAGAGUGUGAUUUAUCAGCUAAUGAUAGCACUUCAUCGGCUAAUCUUAAACCUUUAAUUUAAGUGUAUAAUCGAAUAAAUACAAAUUAGCAAACAAUCUUAUAAUUAGCAUUUUGCCACAGCUUUACCUUUGCGAAAGUUAGCUAGUCCCUAAAAAUAAGCCCCUGUCGAUGGAAAAAUUGUUGAGAGAACUUACUCAUCUGUUAGAACAAGUAACUAUGUAAAGAGAUCAUCUGUCGCUCCUGAAAAAAGAGUAGAAAAUAGAAGUGUUAUCUAUGAAAAAAGAUCAAUAAAAAUGCCUAUUUGUUCUCCAUCAUCUACAAAUGUAAUUGAGGAGAAACUUGAAGAUGAUUAAAUAUAAGGCUAAGGCAGUGAAAUAUAAAGUUAAAAAAGAAGGAAAAGUAUCACUUUUUUUGAGUUAACAGCUAAUACUAAUUAAUAACAAGAUAAUUAGGAAAUAAUAGAAAUGAUGUCUAAAUAUUCAGAAAAAGAAUUAGUAAAGUUAAAUUUAAAUUUAGAAACAAGUUUAAAAUAUAAGAGUGAUAAUUAAUGGGCAAUUUGAUGAAAGAGAAAUAUAUGUAGAUAUUAGCUCAAUUCCUUUUGAAUGGAAAUUAGAAUAAAUUGCAUAAUAACUAAAUGAAAUCUACAAAUCAUAAUUUAACUAAAGUUUACGUAAUCCUGCAAUUUCAGUUCUUAUAGGAAAGAUUUAGACUAAGAAAUUAAGUAAGGAGAUGAAAAAAUAUGAACUUGUUAUAAUGUCUUUAAAAGGACAAGUCAAAGAAUCUUUAAUAGUGCUAGAAGAUAGUUCUUGA